CGACCAAAGUCAUAUGUCAUUUCGUGUCCGCCUCAUCUCGACCACUCACGACGGACUCGCGCGAUUGAUCAAUUCCGAUUGAAAUAAUUACAGAACAAUUUUCUGCGAGAGUGGUGGAAGUAGAUCCUUCGUGUGCUCGUGUUGACGAACUCUUCACUGAUUAGGCUCCUUGGCACAUUGUACCUUUGGUUAACAUGGCGGCGACGUUAGGUCGGAUUUGUAAAUCAGGACUUUUAAAACCGAAUUAUGGCACGCUGAUCGGUCAGACCAGCAAUUUCUCCACGGUGAAAGAUUGGUCAAGGGGUCGAAAAGUGUUAUUAACAUGCUUAGGAGUAACAGCUGGUGGCAUCAGUGCCCUCAUCUAUGCGUUAGAGAACUCUGUAAGAGCUAGUGAUCUCAUAGCUCAUCCUCCGACAUACAAAUGGGAUUUCUAUGGGUGGUUUAACUCAUUAGACCAUGCUAGUAUGCGACGAGGAUGGGAGGUGUACAAAAAUGUGUGUGCGGCCUGUCACAGUUUACAAUUUGUAGCAUAUCGUCAUCUUGUUAAUAACACGCACACCGAAGCAGAAGCGAAAGCUCUCGCGGAAGAAGUUAUGGUUGAAGAUGGCCCCGAUGACACCGGAGCUUACUUCCAGCGCCCAGGGAAGCUUUCUGAUUACGUGCCAUCUCCUUAUCCGAAUGAAGAGGCUGCCAGAGCGGCAAAUAAUGGUGCUUAUCCACCUGACUUGUCUUAUAUGAUUAAUGCCAGGCAUGAUGGAGAGAAUUAUCUUUUCUCUUUGCUGACUGGAUAUUGUGACGCACCAGCUGGUGUACAUUUGAGAGAAGGACAAUAUUUUAACCCAUAUUUCGCAGGUGGUGCCAUUAGUAUGGCACAGGCUAUUUAUGAUGAAGUCUUAGAGUUCGAAGAUGGUACUCCUCCAACUGCCUCUCAAAUAACAAAAGAUAUUACCACAUUCCUCAUGUGGACUGCUAAUCACGAAUUUGACGAUAGAAAACGAAUGACCAUCAAGGCACUUGGAAUUCUGGCAAUUCUCACUGCUGUUUCAUAUUAUGUCAAGAGACACAAAUGGACGACCGUAAAGAGCACGAAAUUAAUGUUUUAUCCCAAAAAGUAGUAAAUUUUCUUACACGCGAGUUCAUCGAGCCGUUAACCAAUGAAUACUCGACGAUGUUAGCGUGCUGGUUAUCGGGAUGUAGUUUCACAAUUUAAGCAAUGUAUCCGGCAAGUUGUGACUUCUCUACGAAGAUCCAAACUUAUUCAUAUAGCGUUUGACGAUUCAGUCAAUUUGUCAUUAAUACCAAGUCUAUUAAAUUGUACAUAGCUAUGCCGAAUGGAGUCAUCGUCUGAUUUAAAUAAAUUGUUAAACAUA